AUGGCAAGCAAAAAAGGGCCCGAAAAGUUGAGCGAAAAGACAGCACAAUACAAGGGUAGCGCAGCCGAAGACAUCAUUGAGAGUUACUUAAUUGAACAGUAUAGACCGUUUGCGGUUAAUGAUAUCGUGCAGAAUCUGCACAACAAAAUGAGCAAGACUAAUGCCGUUAAGGCUUUAGAAAGUCUAGUCAAGCAACAGCGCAUAACAUGUAAACUGUUUGGAAAAAUUGCGAUCUACGUUUGUAAUGAACAGGAACUAAGUAUGGAAUUAGCCGAACUUGGGGAAAAUGUGUCGCUGAUGUCUGUAAUGCAACUACGGGAAGAAUUGAUCCAGAUUGAAAAGGAUAGAGGCGACAUUACAGGACAACUACAAAAUAUGGUGAAAAAGCCGCUCAACAGCGACCUUCCUUUGCUCAUUGAAACACGAAGGCAGGACAUUGCUGGAAUCGAGCAAGAUCUUCAAGAUUUAACAGUAAAUUGGAAACCUGAAAACGAACACAUAAUUGAAACUAUCAAGGAAUAUGAGCGCAAAAUCGGCAAAGAGACUACUGCAAGAAAGAGGAUUUUAGCUUCAGCUGUUUCUUUGGUCAAGGAGGCAAUGUCAAUCAAAAAUUUGGAUGAAUUUCUCGACGAUUUGGGCUUUGAGAAAAAUCUCGACUAA